AUGCUUUUUUCAGGUACAAUCCUUGGGACAGUCGAUAAGUACGCAGUGAAUGAAGCUGCAUGGACAGCUUCUCAAGCUGCAUUGGUAGCAUGUGAACACUGUGGGCGCACCUUCAAUCCGGAUCGUUUGCAGAUACACCAACGCAGUUGUACAAAGGAGAAACCCGCUAAAAGAGUCACCACUACUAACAUUAAGAAGCCAUAG